CUAAGGUUAUCAACUCCACAGUGCUACAGCUUGUUUAGCAAGCUGCAGUGAUUAGCUACCUUUAAAUAUAAAUUAGGUUACAUUUAAAACGUUGUGGACAAAAGAUGUGACAACCUUCGGUUUUAAGGAUUAUUAGAGAGGCUGCAGUCAUGGGCCCAGACACUGCAUCUGUCCCUAAAACAGAAUCUUCAGAGGACAGUCCCGGAGAAAUCAUCGUGAAGAUAAUCUCAGAAUCAGAUUCCAAUGAUGCUUCAUCCGCCACUGAGCCCGAGAACUCCCAUCAGCCAGAGAGCAACAUCUCAGACAAGUGUUACCCUUGCUCCAUCUGUGGCAAGACGUUUGACAGACCAUCAAAGCUAGAGAGGCAUAAACCCGUACACGCGAGGAAGCCUAAGACUCAUCAUCAGUGUGAGCAUUGUGACAAGAGUUUCACACAGCAAGAGAAGCUGAUCCGACAUCAGAAUUGCCACAAUAGGACUAACAAGCACCCCUGUCCUGACUGUGGGAAAGUGUUCAACAGGCCUUCAAAGUUAGAGAGACACAAGCGCACCCACGCGAAGAAACCAAAGGUGCCUCAUCAGUGUUCAUACUGCAUGAAGACGUUCAGUAAACUUAACAAACUUGUCCGUCACAAGCGAAUGCACACCGGGGAGAGGCCUUUCACCUGCUCAGUCUGUGGGAAAGGAUUCUCCGAGUCUGGUCACUGCAAAGCACACGAAAAGACGCACGAGGAGCAGCCAGAAAAACCUCACUGCUGCGCCGACUGUGGGAUGUGUUUCUUCAAGGCUUCAGAGCUCCGUCGGCACUUCCGCUCCCACACGGGAGAGAAACCUUUUAGAUGCACCCUGUGUGAGAGCUGCUUCUCCCGCUCAGAAGGACUUAAAAGACACAUGAGGAGCCACACAGGGGAAAGACCGUACAAAUGCAUAAUCUGCGCAAAAGGAUUUUAUUCUCGGCAGGAUUUGAAUAUUCACGGCUUAACCCACUCAGGAGAGAAACCACAUCUUUGCCCUGUGUGUGGUAAAGGCUUCUCGCAGCUGGGCAACAUGAAAGAACAUGAACAAAAUGUUCAUAUUAAGUCCGAGAAAUAUAUUUGCAAUGAAUGUGGGGCAACCUUCACACGGUACAAGUCACUGACAAAACAUCAGCGGACACACACAGGAGAAAGACCCUAUCUGUGCCUCACCUGUGGUCGCAGGUUUUCAUGGAGCCAUUCUCUGAGCAGACACCGGAGGACACACACAAGCAGACAGAUGUCUAUGGACACAUCCAAAGACACAUUAGGUUUUGAAGGACCCUCUGAGGAUCCUAGCAGUUGAAAAUAGAAGUGAAAUCCUUAAAGAAGGACAUUUGUAUCUUCAAGGUAUCUUCCUGGAGCCACAAGCUGAAAUGUACUCAUGUGUAGUAAUUACUCCCGCCAAGGAGGUUAUGUGUACAGGUUGUUUUUUUUCAUCUGUUGGUCAGCAGAAUUACGGAAAAAAUACUUUCUUGAUGAAACUUGGUGGAAUGGUGCAGCAUGGGCCAAGUUUAAAGUGGAUCCGAAUUACAGUGAAUUACUUUUGUUAACAUUGCAAGAUAUAAUUAAAAACAUGAUGUCCGGCUGGGAAAACACACGUGAACGCCUCUUCAAGUCGGAAAACAACAACUCGAAAACGCAUCCCAGGAGCUCCUGAAUGCACCACUGGCCUUGGCUGAGGUCUGCGCUCUCAGAGUGUCAUUCUAGUUUGUAGUCAUUAAGAACACAUUCUGAAGCUUUGUGACGAUUCACCUCGUCACUCACAUUUGGAGUUGCUUUUAGAUAGUGUGGAAAUAUAUCUCAUAUCAUGGAAAACAUUUGUUUUUGUUAUUAACCAAAAGAUAUGUCACAACCAAAAGUAGUGUCCCUGCCACAAGACAUCUUAUUUGACAUGCAAUCAAACUGAUACUAGAUAUAAAAUUGACUAAUUCAAAGUCUUGACAAAAUCUGAGUAAAUGUCUGCUUUUCAAUAGUGGUUUACGUAAUCUGAUGUAAUCUGCUACUUCACAGAAGGCAAACACGAGCAUUUACAAGAACAAGAUUUGUGAAUGGUUUCUGUCAAUACCAUAAGCUCAGUAAUUUGUUAUUGUACUUUUUCUUUCAAAAUGUUGUUCAAAAUUAAAAUAACAAUUAAUGCCAAAAAUAAAAUAAAACAAUUUCUGUACUCUUAUAUCAAAUUAUUAUUAUUAUUAUUAUUAUUAUUAUUAUUAUUUUUUAAUGAUUAAAUCUACAUAGAAUGGCUAAUGCUAUACUGAGUCAGAACAGAAACAUGCUGUUACAUUAUUCUCCAUGCAGGUAUAUUACCGAGCUCCACUAAUGUGAAACACCUGCUUUGAGAUCACCGAUGGCAGUGCAGUCAGAAGUGCAAGAGCUUUAAAGCUUAAAUAUUGAUUGGUUUGAGCCAUAGAUUGGAGUUUCCCUUUGGUAUGAGCUGUGCAAAAAUAAAAACACUUUCAGAUUUAUUUAACAUGUAUCACAUAUAUAUUGUGUAGAUAUGUAAUCCAUCGAUCUUCUUUGUGAUACUAUCUACAUACAUGGUAGCCUACUGUCAAUAACUGAUACCUUACAUUGUGUUGUUGUUCAUCGUUAGUAACAACACAAUGGACACAACAAUCUUACAUACGUAUUCAAGAGAUGUGCUCAAUUUUAUAGAAUAU